UUCAUUCAAGAACAAAUAAUGCAGUAUGCAAAUUCCAAAAGAAUUAAGAGAUUAAUCUUACAAAAGGGAGAUAAAGUUUAUCUACUUCGGAAAAACAUCAAAACAAUCAAACUCAGCAACAAGCUUAACUACAGCUUCAGAUUCGGCAGCAUGCUGAACAUUCUUCUCCUGAUGCUCCUUCUUCUCUAG